AUGUCCGUAUACACAUGGUCAUUGCGUGCAGCGCAUGUAUGUGAGGCGUACUCACCCAGGAUCCACACCAAUCCCCUGAAGGAGUUGCAUGAUCGUUCAGAGAGUCGACUGGGGUCACGCAAAGACAUCGAGGGAAUGGCACCUUCUAGGCUAUUGAUGGCAAAUGAAGGAAAUGUGCCACCUGAUCACUUCGCGCAACGUGUCCCCCAGGAUUCGAGACUACCUCGCGGCCUUCGUGGCUCCCUGCGCAGCUCGACUCAACCCGCCCGCCUCCUUGCACGGGCUUUCGCUCGUCCGUCCAGGACAGGUCUUUUCGGCAAGAAACAGACCCAACCUGAACGACAGGACUUGCCCCCGCCUGACCAAGGCUCCGAAGAUUUCGAGCUCAUCGGUCACGACGAGGCUUCUUUACAACCGGAGGAGAACUUAACGGACCGUAGAGGUACACUCCCUGACACCGCUUGCAGCCAGGAAGAUUGCCCUCCUCUCACGUAUACCGCCCCGUCAGCGCCGACCGUUUCCUACACUAAGUCUUCUUUAUUCCGGUCGAAGAAUUUUUCCAAGGCCUCCAUCCAUCUCUCUGUUGCAACCGAUCCUUCCUCCUGCCCGACCGGGACCACAACCGAAGAAUCAGAUUUAUACCUCGCGUUUCCACAACCACCUACCCACAUUCCUGUAGCAUCAGUAUACGUUGCUGCGCCGCCCAGUACAUCGACACAGGGAGAUUCUCCGUCGCGCGACCUUACUUCAUCUUGUUCACUUCCGGGGUCAAACCCCUUAACGACGAACUCUGCUUGCCAUCGGGAUUCCUUCGUUGCACCUCCGGGUCCAGAACCCACACGCGACUCUACUGUGACAGCCCAUCCGCCGGUCGUUUCCUCUCAACUUUUGGGAAAUCCCGUGAAGCCUCGCCACAGAUUCGUGGAAUCCUUCAGACGGUUCAAAACAUUCUCGCAGAUUCUUCGCGAAUCAUUUAUAUCCCACUCGACUGAGGCAUUGCCUAACACUGCUGUAGUAGAGGAAGCGCACGCUCACAACAGUGACCUCAACUCGGAGCCGUUUCCAACCGAGUCUACGGUUUGUGCUGCCUCAUCUCGCUCCCACCCAUCCUCGCGUAUCACAUCUACGUCUAUAUCUCCUGUGGUUGUUCACACAGUCAACAGCAACGCUUCUACCACUGCAACUUCCAUACAAGGGUCGCCUUCACCUGUUGCACCACCAAUAUCA